CCAUUGAAUCUCGCGAUUCCUCACUGCAAGAGAUUCAUCGUGUGUCAAUGGCGACGAGACGACUCUUUUUGCUAUCUCAGACACUUUGAUCUCUGGAGAAUUCGUAUAGAAGAAGCGAAGAAUAUUAUACCGUGAAGUGAAGAACAAGUCAUUUCCUCGCGCUGCUUAUUACUGGAAAUUAAUGUAGAACUGGUUCGAUAAAGAAUCAACAGAGAAAAUGGCUCCGUGCUGUCCCAACGAUAUAGGAUCAGCCGUAAUUCACCGCUCCGCCGGCACUAGUUUCCGUCUUUGGAAUGUUUUUCCCCGUACCUCAUUUCGCCGUAGGAUAACCGUCACUAUGUGCUGCGGAGGCGCUUCAUGCUUUGGAGGAGAUGAGAACGAUUUAAAAUCGAUGUCGUCGGUGAGGAAAUGCGAACCAGAGUGUAAGAAGAUAACCGGAUCGAAGAAGUUGUCAGAGCUUCUGAGUCUGUCCGAUCCGCCGUGUGCUGACAUUGACGAAGAAGUGACGGAGGAUGUGAAGAGGAAGGUGGAGAAGAUGCGGAGAGCGGUACAGAAGCUCCAGCACGACGACGGUUUGGGCGGUGCGACCGACGUGAGGAUGCUGACAAAGGAAGAUUCCGAUUCGAGAACGCGUCUCGCAUUGCUCGGAGCGAUUCCGCCGUUAGUGGCGCUACUUGAUUCCGAAGAUAUUGAUUCUCAAAUCGCCUCUCUCUACGCUCUUCUCAACCUAGGAAUCGGAAACGACGCGAACAAAUCAGCAAUUGUUAAAGCUGGAGGUGUUGAAAAGAUGCUAAACAUCGUCGUUGAAUCUCCAAAUGGGCAUUCAAAACAACCGGUUAUAGAAGCAAUCAUUGCUAAUUUCCUGAGCCUGAGCGCUCUGGACUCAAAUAAACCCAUAAUUGGUUCAUCCGGCGCAAUCCACAUUCUAGCGACGACCUUGAAGAACGUGGAUGGUAUUAAUAUUAUAAUUAGUUCUCAAGCAAAACAAGAUUCCCUGAGAGCACUCUACAAUCUGUCACUCUCACCAUUAAACAUAGCAAACAUAGUAGAAUCCGAUCUGAUUCCCUCUCUGGUGAGUACAAUCGGGGACAUGGAACUCAGCGAAAGAAUCCUGUCAAUUCUGAGUAACGUCGUAUCCACAGCAGAAGGGCGAAAAGCGAUAAGCGAUUCGGCGGACGCGUUCCCCAUUUUGGUGGACGUGUUGAAUUGGACCGAUUCCCCUGAAUGCCAAGAGAAAGCACUGUACGUUCUGAUGGUCAUGGCGCACAGAUCUUACAGAGAUAGAAACGCGAUGUUUGAGGCAGGCAUUGGUUCGAUUCUGCUUGAGUUGACCCUUUUGGGAAGCACAUUGGCUCAGAAUAGAGCGUCAAGGAUGUUGAGGUCUUUAAAAAUGGACAAAGGGCGUGGGCGUGGACGUGGUGGAGAAGUCGGAGGGUCGGUUUCGGCUCCAAUGGCGAGAAGCUUGUGGACGGCAUCUGCUGAGGAGGAGGAGGAGAAGAAGAGAGGAAGGAAGGAGGAGAGGAGAGCGGUGAAGAAUUUGGUUUAUCAGAGCUUGAUGAAUAACAUGAGGAGGAUUGUGAAGAGGGCUAAUUUGACAGUGGAUUUCGUCCAUUCUGAUCGUUUAAAGGUCCUAUCUUCUUCUGCCUCUUCUUCUAUGAGCUUACCAUUUUAAUCAAUUAAUUGAAUCGAUAUAGUGUCUUUCUAUCUAAUAAAUAAAUGAGUUUGUUAAAUCGGUUUGCAAAGCGUGCAACUAUAAUAAUAAUAAUAAUAUUAUGUUUAAGGCCUUGUUUCAUCUAGGGUUAUUUUAAUAACAAAGGCCUUGCCUUUUUUUUCUUUUAAAUCAGGGUUUAUUCCUAAUAUUUUUUUUUAUAUAUUCUUAUAAUAUUGGGUCAUUAUA